CUCUCACGGCACUACCUGGAGAGUGAGGGGCUGCGCCUGCUGCUGCUUGCUCGCUGAGCUGUACGUACCAAGAAGUACCAGGUGAGGGAUGCUCUAGGAUCGUGGUGGAGACACACAACCUUCAGGCUGUGCCCCACAGUGGCCAGAUAUGGCUAACUUGGCACUGGGAACCAUCCUGGCUGUUCUGGCCUCGCUCAUCAUCACUGCCAACGUACUGGUGGCCAUCGUCCUUCUUCGCCUUAUCCAGAAGAGCGGCUACAAGGGACACUAUUUUGUCCUUAAUCUCGCUGUCGCAGAUGCCAUGGUUGGCUUCACGGUUAUGGGUCUGGUCAUGGAUGAGUUUUCUGAGCCCUUUUAUCCACCUCAGAUCUUCUGUGUCCUGCGAAUGGCUUUUGUGACUUCCUCUUCUGCUGCUUCUAUCCUGUCCUUGAUUCUGGUUGCGUGUGACAGGCACUUGGCAAUCAGAAAGCCUUUCCACUAUCUCCAGUUGGUCACGGGCUUGAGGGUUGGGUUGCGCCUGGUGGGGCUCUGGCUGCUUGCCGCUAUCAUUGGCUUCCUCCCAGUGUUUGUCCCAAUCUUUCAGAAGAUCUCUGACCAGGAAAAGUGUUCCUUCUUUGGAGUCUUCCAACCCACCUACAUGCUCAGUGUCUCCUGCAUCGGCUUCUUUCCAGCACUGUUUCUCUUCAUUUACCUCUACUGUGACAUGUUGAAAAUUGCCUCUGUGCAUGUGCAGCAUAUCCGUGAAGUAGAACACGCGGGGCUGGCAGGGAGCUGCCCCCCACCCCACACCACUAGUGACAUGAAGGCCUUGCGCACCGUGGCUAUCCUCAUCGGGUGCUUCGCGCUGUCCUGGUUGCCAUUCUUCAUCGCCAGCAUCGUGCAAACUGUGUGUACCAACUGCUUAACCUACAAAGUCAUCGAGAGCUACCUCUGGCUUCUGGGACUGUGUAACUCCCUCCUGAACCCCCUGCUCUACUCCUGCUGGCAGAAGGAUGUGCGGCUGCAGUUCUCCCAGCUAGCUGCCGGUGUAAAAAGAGUCCUCCUUCACUUGGGCAAUCGCCACCGUUUCCCCGGCAGAGGCACCAAAUCCCUUCCUACCGUGUCCUGCUUGCGGCUCCAGGACUGACGUGGUAAGGAGUAGCAAUCACUGGCUUUCUGGGUUAUCUCCUCUGCCACAACCAUGAACUCAGGGUCCGCCAGCUGUGGAGGAGAUCAUGGACAGGGUGGGACAGGACUGGAUGCUAAUUCCCAGACACCAGCGUGGCUAGCACGGCUGGUUUUGCAGCAGCUCCAGGGCAGCCCAAAUUGCAGGUGCACAGCGUGUGUUAAAUUUUGCUUGGAGAGCACUCAGCAAGAACAGCCUCGUGUCUGCUGGGACCAAGCCCUUGGCACCCACUCCACAGGCCAAGAUCCUUCACCUUUUGCUGUCUAGGUUCCCCAGUCCAUACCUGGGGUCCUUCUGCAUUCCCCUCUGCCUGCAGAGUCAGCUGUCAGGGUCAGGUCCCCCGGCACCUGGGGCAGGGCUGCUCUCACUGUGUUGGCUUUGUCACCCUUGGCCAGAUGCAGUAGAGAUUGGGAGAUGUGUGCACAUCUGUCCAGGACCACAUGUGCUCCCAAUCACUGCCCUACUUAAAACAAACUCAAAAUCCUACAGAUGCAGUCAGGGCUGUCCCCCAAAACCUGUCCCCUGACUGCAAUCAAUCCUGCAUCUGGAGAGGUGGCAGGCUCAUCCCUCCCCCAGGCUGCACCUGCCCCAGGCAGAGGUGAGGGGUACGGAUGGGCCUGGGGUCUCUGCUGUGGUGCAGGGGAUGCAGUCAGGUCUCUGCUGUUCUUCAGCAGCAGCUGUACCUGCACCAGAGCAAGUGCUGAACAACCCCAGGCACUACAUGCCUGGAGAAGUGCAGGGCAGCACAGGUUGUGCUGUCACUGUUUGGCUUGAGCUGUAAAGUGAGUUAAUGAGUAACCACCUGAAUGCUGAGCUUUAACAAAGGAGCAGGAAGAAGACCUUGGAGACAGGGGUAACCCUGUGCAGAAGGGCUACUUUGUCCCACCAAGGCUGUAGGAUUGGUAAUGGGACUGCAAAGGUCCCUCUCUACUGACGCACAAGGCAGGUGCACACAGCAUUUGUGCGUGUUGUCUCACACUGUGGUGAUGGCCAGACUGCUGGCCCUGCCAGAGGCAGGUAACAUUUAAUUGCUUUUUGUUAAAUCACAUCCAUUUAAUCCACAUAGUAAAAAUUUUUUCCUUAAAACUGGUUUCUUAGCUAAGAACUCACUCUUCAUCUGAAGAUGAGGAUGCUAUGCAUAAAAUAGCAGCUGCUUCUACCUCUGUCACUUGCUCUUCUAGUAGAUAUAAAGGCUCAAGGCCAUAUCCUGUAUGCACGCAGAACCUGCCUUGGUUCUGAGGCCAUCCCCAUACCAGAGGAAGAGAAAAAAAUAAAAGUGCUCUAUUAAAAACAAACAAAAAUCAGUGGGCACUCUGUGGCACUCCUCUCUCUGCCUGGGAAAGGCCUGAGACCAAACAGCAUUAAUCAGAUCCUGUGCUAGGAGAAGAGCCUGAGAUAAGGCUCAUGUAGGAUAGACCUGGCUCUGUGUGUGUGAACUGGUGCCUUGCAGGUGGAUCUAGUGGGUGGAUCCAGUCUGACUCAGUUCUGGGGAUCAGUGCAUCAUCUGUCUGCAUGAUAUGUUUGCUGUGUGAGCUCCAACAGCUGUUGCUUUGCAAAGCUGACCUGUCCUUGCUGAGCGUCUGACGAUGCUGAAGCCAUCCUCUGCCUCCCUCACGCGUGCUUCACAUGUGAAUACCCACUGUGAAUGGAGAUGCUUUGCAAGCGGGCCUCUUGCUGCUUUCCAAGCUUGCUGACUGCUGCAUCCACUGCUGUUCUGCUGCCCACAGCGGGCCCAGCCACGGAUAGGGUUUGUGCCUGGCACAGAAGAUCUGGAACAGGCGGCUGUCACACUGGGUGCCCUGCAGCAGUACCCCUGGAUGUGUGGACCUGCAGCCACAGGGAGCCCCUGUCUGCUGCUGGGGUUACAAGCUCUGACCACCUCCUCGGUGCCAGAAACACCACAGAGACCCAGGGUGGUGGCUGGAUGGGGAGAUAACGCCCUUCUGCUGAUUGUGGGGCUGGAGAAUGUAGUCACGCUGGAAACAGAGCAUCUAGCAGAGGAUCCCUCGCUGUGCCCUGGCGCUGACCUGCCUGUCCUCCCUCUCCUUGUGCCUGGGCUGGAGGUGGUGCCCUCAGGAGUCACCUCAGGACCUGACGGGGCCGUUUGUGGUGUGAGACCGUGCCUGCCUCCGCACAACCAUCCAGGUUGGAAGAGACCCCAAGACCGCAUAGCCCAACCUCUACCCUAACACUACCACCUCCCGCACCGAACCACAUGGCUAUCCCGCGUCCCAGAGAGCGCCCGUCCCCAGCUCUGCCUCACGGUGACCGGGCACCGAGACCUGGGCGUGCGGGGAGGCUGAGGGGGCCCCGGCACCAUGGGGAAGGGGGGCGAGGAGCGGCUCCCCUGCCCGCUGUCCCCCCGCCUGGAUGAAG